GCAGGGCGUCGUUGAUUGGGCGCCCCGGUGCCCCGCCCACUCUAUCAGCUCCGCCCCCUUUUGAAUUGCAGGGUGCGUCUGCACUGGGGAAAUAACGCGGUUUGAUACCGCUUCAGCUCCAUCCCAUGGAACCCUGGGGCGUUCCCAUGGAAAAUCCAGUGGUGUUUAUGGAUAGUAAGGACAUACCAUCUCCAGCUUUCUCCCCCGGGGAAGCAAAUGUGAGGGACGAACCCGGUAUGUCCUUCAGCAGAGAAGCAGGUGCCCUUGAAGACCUCAAAUUAACUGGGGAUGUUGCUGGAGCCACAGCCAGUACUGACAUCAAACCAAAAUCCAUACAGCGUGCCAAAACAUGGUCAGAUGAAGUUGAGAAUCUGUACAGAUUUCAGCAAGCUGGAUAUAGGGAUGAAAUUGAAUAUAAACAAGUGAAACAAGUUGAUAUGGUUGAAAGGUGGCCAGAAACUGGAUUUGUGAAGAAGCUUCAGCGAAGGGACAAUACUUUCUAUUAUUACGACAAGGAAAGAGAAUGUGAAGACAAAGAAGUUCAUAAAGUUAAAGUUUAUGCUUACUAAUUUUUGUUAAGUUUGCUAUUUUUGUUUUGGAUUUUUUUUAAGUGAGAGGGUGUGAAAUUAUUUUAUUGCUGUUACCAAUGAAAUGCCAUUAAAAGCAUUUUUGAGACUAAACUGAUCAGAUUUUAAAUACAGCUGCACUUUGUCUUUUCAAGAGAAAAGAAUUAUGUUGACUGUGCUGUGGCAAUAAACAAAAAAUACAUUUAGA